AAGUGGGUUGUAGACGAUUUCGGCGCAGUAACCACGAUCGCAGUUUUGCUAUUCAUGCUACGACAAAUAUGGAUAGGCACUAAAGGGUCCAAAGUAGAAAAAAAGGCUCUCAAACUUCAACGCUACUGUUUCUGCUCUCAAUUACUUAGUUGUCAGUAGACAGAACGCGCGAAACCUACCGCGAAAAAGGACGCCAGACGGCAUUGCGUUUUGGACCUCGACACCCAACAAUCGUGAAGUUCCACUAUUUAUCGUUGUUGUUCGGCAAACCGCGGUUGUGUGUGUGCGUUUGUGCGAACGUGCUUCGCCGUGAAAACCGAGAUAGAUAUCUUUGAUGUGGCAGACCGCAGAAAAAUGGCUAGAGGCGUGCGAUUUACUAUUGGGAAAGGCCGUGGUGGUAGUUGUCGUGUAAUUCAUUUGUGAAAUAUACCUAUCUAUCAUGUUCAGUAUAAGCAACGAAGUAAGCCGUGUAUGAGAAACUUGUACGGGCACAAACAGCGAGGAAGUCGUGCUGUUAACGAGACAGGCAGUAAUAGCUACGAUUGAUGCGGGACGUAAAACGCCAGAGAUAUCAAAAGUACAUAUAUAUGGUAAUGGAGACAAUGCGAAAGUGAUGACAUUAUAAAUAUGAACGAUUAGGCGACAGUGCUAUCGCUUCCACGGUCAUUUAUUGACUAGUUGCAUAGGGCAAUCGUAGCUCUGUAAUGCAGCGCGCGUUUAGGUCUUAUCAUUUCGUAGAGCGUACACAUUCGAAUUAAAACAUACGUCCGAUCACGCUGCUGGAAGAGGGCCUCACGUCACAGGCCGCACCAUUGACAAAUGAUGCAGCCAAAUGGAAUAGCGUGUGAAAUGGUAAUCAAACUAGAGGAUAUUGUUGCAUUCGCCAUAUAUCCCUAAGGAAAACAUUCUUGUGCGGUAGUCCUACUAAAUUUUUCUAACUACGAACCCGCUAGGAAUAUUAUGUAAAAGCAUCGUCAUUUUCAACAUCGAAACUACCAUCCUUACAACCCUUAUCAAUAAUAUAGAAUAGGUUUUAUUUUUUCUAUUAUAAUGGUAUUCUUAAUUAAUUAGCGAUUCUACGUAAUGCUGAGAUCCCGCGUAACCUGCAUUCGCCGUCAGCCACGAUACAGCGACCGGCAAUGCGUAUGAACCGAAUUUUCGAAAUCAAUUAAUUCGUGGAUACCAUCAUCCAGUCCGACACAAGGACUCCUGCCAAGUUUUUCGGACACGACGCCGUCCUACCGAGGGGGUUAUCGAAAGCUGCAAACGAAUCGUAAAAACGCGUUUUUAAAUACAAAUAGAAAACGACGGCGGCGACGACAAUAACGGCGUAGGCGAGCAUGACGUUGUUCGUGUCCACGGUGCUACUGUCAAUGCCACCGUGAUAAUAAUGAUCGUUUCACCUUUUCUUCGGAUCCCUAUAGGCGCCUGCCUGCCUAGUGGACGGUUUUGUUGACUUGCGGCGUGGGAUCAUAUGGAUGUGUAGGUGGUUUGUGUAGAAGCUUUUAUCGGUUGGCCGGCGACGUCGAUCUGGUCUCGGCGUGAUCAGCACCGCUUAGCGGGCACCGACGUCAAGAUCGCGUUCAACUGCCUUCCUAUCACCCGCUGGGUUGCUCCCAGGAUUCGCGCCCUUAAUACUACCACUGAACUGAUUUACUGAAACAUUAACUAAGCCAGCUCCGAUACUAUAGCCUGGCGUGGGACGCCGAAAAAUUUAAGCAGUUACUGUCAGCCCGGAAAGCUGCGAUCUAAAUGCAAGCGGCGACGGCGGACGGCUAAGGAAUAUUGCUGUAGAGCACGGCUGAGAAAGCCGAUAGCUGCUAUAUUUGGUAGUGUUAUUAUAUUAUAGCUGAGUGACUGGUAGUCAGCUCGUAGAUGGUGAGCGGGUGUUAUAAUAGUGGUCUUGCGAUAAUACAAAGCCUUGUGCCUCCACCAGCAAGAGAUGCAGCGGCAAUUGAAACUGCUGCAGAUUGAAACGCCGGAGCAUCCACUGGCACUACCAACCCACUGCCGCCCACGCAAAAAAUCCGCUUGUUAGUUCGCUGACUGUGACUUUUGUCUUCGAGAUUAUCGAUGUCAGCUCUGUCACAAAAGCACAACACAGCCAAUUGAACUAAGCACUUCUUCGACAAGGCGAAUGGCUCAAUGUGAGAACGCCGCUGUCCGUGUUGACACGACACGGUGAAGUGCGAGGAAACUCAGCAGUUGCCGGUUCGACCACCGACGGCAAAAUCUCAACGUGCAAGUCACCGACGCAAACGUUACCGUUAACGUUAUUUGCUCCAUUGGUCGAGUCUGCUGUUCAGGUCGUUGUACAUCGUCGCGUGGUCUGCGCGCAUGUCACCGACCGUUCUAUCCUCCUUCAGUCAGACGAACGUGCCAUUCUCUGCCAGAUGACAAAGGACCUAUCUAUAUGCGGCCAGCACUCUCACCCACGCCGCAACGAACGGAAAUGCAACACAGACACAACUAGCGUCUAUGAGCGACAAUACGAACGAAGAACUGUUUGUGUUCGUACUAUCGCUAUGGGCUCCGGACGUGCGACAGAAAUAGUAGUGGCACCUAUCGAAACACGUACUCAGUCUGUUUUGGAGCUUUGAUGAGGAUCAUGUCACCUAGCCGACAGGAACGUUUGUAUCACCUAUAGGAUGUGGUGCAAGUAGCCUAAUAAGUGAAAACCACCAAAAAGGUCGGAACUAUCUCUGGAUUAAAGCCUGUGCCUCACUGUCGUGCGAGCUACAAGAUAACUACCACAUCGGUGCAAAAUGGUGACUGUCGUGCGAGGUGAUGGUAAUGAAAAUGGUAUCGACGCAACUGAUGGAGUUGAUAUUGAGGCGCUGAUCGUUCAGAUAACUUCAGAAGAGGAAGAGGAGAGGCGGGCUCAGGAGUUCGCCAGAAGACCACUCCAAGAGCCUUGGCAAAGACGAAUUGCAGCUAAAAUGAACGCCGUCUGCAGUCCCAUCAGUUAUCCUUAUCCUAGCAUACGUGAUGAAGCGUUCAUCCUUGCGGAGUUAUUCGCGGCAGUGGAAGAGGGAAAUCUCGCGGAGUUAGAGGACCUUUUCGCUGAACCCGGUGUAGACCCCAAUAUGAACAAUAAGCAUGGGGAGACUGUUGCGCAUAUCGCUGCGGGAGCAGGCCGUCUUGAUGUUUUGCGCUUUCUAGAGACACGUGGGGCCAAUUUCGAUGUGGCUGAUUCGCAUGGUGACAGUGCUAUGUACUGGGCUGCCCGGCAAGGGCACACCGACGCUAUUCAGUACCUGUGGGAACAGAAAGCUAAGGUCAACACCCAUAACAAGCAAGGCGAAUAUCCUUUGCAUGUAGCAGCCCGCUACGGCCAUAGAGCAGCUGUUAAACUUCUCUGCUCUCUGGGAGCUAACAUCAAUAACGUCGAUGAGCACGGUGAUACCGCGUUACAUAUUGCCGCCUGGCAUGACUUUCCAGCUAUUAUGUACGUGCUUUGUCAAGCUGGUGCACUUACCCACCUUCGGAAUAAGGAAGGCGAGACAGCGUUGCAUGCUGCAGCAUCUCGAGGUCAUACUGAAUCGGUGCGCUGUCUACUAGAAGCUGGUGCGGAACUAGAGCUUCUAGACAAGCACGCAUGUUCUGCGCUGCAUCUUGCCCUGCGCAGGCAUCAUGUACCUGUGGCGCUUGUCCUUCUCCAGGCAGGAUGCCCCAACGAUGUCCUCGAUAAUCACGGAGAUGCUCCAAUUCAUGUAGCAUGUCGGGAUGGCCUACUCAGCCUUGUGGAAUCUUUAUGCGCCCUCGGGUGCAACAUCGACGUGCCAAAUAAGGCGGGACUGUACCCAAUUCAUCUGGCAGCCAAAAAUGGUUACGAUGAAAUCGUUCGUUGUCUCCUGCUAGCAGGCUGUCGUGUAGAUGCAAAGAAUCGCGAUGGAGUUCCCGCUGAGAUUAUUGCGUUAGCACAGGGUCAUACGCACAUAGGGGAGCUACUAGCUCGUUUGAAGAACGACGCACUCAGGCAGGACUUUGUCGAACAGAUAAAGAUAAAUGGCCAGCAGCUGGCUCGUAUUAAAGUGAAACUUCUUGGACCAACUGGAGUUGGUAAAAGUGCACUCGUAGAUUCUCUCAAAUGUGGCUACUUCAGUAGCUGGUUCCGGACGAGGUCAUCACCACCAGCUAAAGCAAAUCCGACCAACCAACAGAUAUCACAUUCAGCCGUUCAGGGUACCGGCAGCGUUGGAAGUAGCAUAAACAGCAAGUCAAAAAGCAGCCUUAUUUCCGGUGGAAACUCGUCUCGCGCGUCGACACCCGAAGAUAUGCUUUGUGAGGUCGACUCGGAAAACAAUUUAAAGAAUGUAGGCCUAUCUGCUGCGGUGGGCGCGGAUUGGGCGGAUUCUGCAGGUUCGCAGAGCCAGCAAAGGAAACUCGGUGGAUCUGAGUUAGACGUGUUUGAAGGGACGGUCGGACCAUCUCCGAGUUAUACACGUGGUAUUGAAAUACAUCAGACCGCUAUAUCUGGGGUAGGUGAUGUUAGCCUUUGGGACUUUUCCGGACAAGAAGGUUAUCUCCUCACAUAUGACCAUUUCGUGGGGAACCCGUAUAGUGUACACCUGUUGUGCACCCGUCUGACCGAUCCUCUGGAUGUGCAGAUACGGCAGUUGAGUUUUUGGUUGAUGUGGUUACAAGGACAGGCGCCGCCGGAAGAGCCUUUAGCAAUGGGAGGUAAAUCUAGUCGACCCCUCCAGGUAGCUUUGGUAGCAACUCAUGCCGACCAGAUCUCUUCACAAAAGGAUGCCGAGAACCUCGCUCAACAUGUGGCGGAUCAGCUGCAGGCAAAAUUUGGCCAUGUAUUUGACAUUCACGAGCAGGUCUUUGUCCUUGACGCGCACUCAGUUUCUUCAGCAGGUCUAAAAAGCCUAAAAGGCUAUCUGUUAUCGAUGAGAACAUCAAUACUUCAACAGCUACCCCGAUCGACAGGUCUUUUGGAAGUUAUGUUGGGGCAACUGGCUAAAUGGCGAAGUGCAUCUCCAUCGUUCCCUGUACUUACCUGGGAUCAGUUUCGAGACAUGGUGAGGCUACAGAUUAAUCCUCUGGUUGGCGAAGAACAUUUGAAAGACCUCGUACUUCAAUUGACAUUAAUAGGUGAAGUCGUAUAUAGUCCUUCGGAUACCGAAACAGAUAUGGUCGUGCUAACUCCGCACUGGCUCGGAUCAGAGGUUAUAGGCGAUGUAUUGGCCUAUGACGAAAUAGAACGUGCUCGUCCAACAGGCUGUUUCUCACCGGAAGCUUUCCAGCUACUUUGUCCUGAGGCCGAUGCUGUUGAUCUCCUCCAGGUCCUUGAGAAUCUCAAGCUGUGCACACAAUACGACAACGCUGGAGAGGUGGAGUAUGAGUUUCCCUGCUACUUUCGAGGAAGUGGUGCAAUUCCCAUGGAUGGAUCGCUCGCUUCCGAUACUUGCAAUUCCGGAAGUGUAUGGGAUUUACAUAGAGAACAUAUCGUGUCAUCAAUGGGAACGUAUCGAACCAUGCGCAGCGGGGCUAAUGCUAACUUCACAGAGGCCAAUAGCAGUAAUAAAGAAUUCCGAGUGCAACUUGGUGUACACAUCGUACCCUUCGAUGAUUUCUCACGAAUCCUGCCGACGUUAUUUCCGCGGAUACAAGUCCAUCUACGACGGAUGGCCUUGAUCAAUGCAGGCAAUGGUACGGAGCUACUUCAGUGGCGAUACGGAAGCAGAUACGUGAAUGAAAUGCUGGAAGGGGUCGUGUUACUUGAACGGAGCCGAGACGCGUUGGAAGUAAAAGUUCGGGGCCCUGCUGACACCCACACAAACUGUUUUUACUUCAUGGAGGAGCUGUUGACUGUCAUUGAUGAUGUUCUUUUGGAGGUAUGUCCGGGCAUCGCAUUUCAGCGAAAUCUUUUAUCAAUUGAAGAUCUAAAAAACGGAGUACUUCAUGCUCAUGCAUACCCUGCGACGCAGGUCAUGAGAGCUAUGCUAACAGAAGGACUAAAAGCGACCGUGGAGCACCCUGACACAAAAAAAAAGGAGCUGAUCACUGAUCUCCUAGGUUGCGAAAGGGUCGGAACUGCAUUUGUGCCAGGUCCAUCGGUACACUCUUCGCAACUGUCUGUCUUGACACGGCAGAAGUUAGGAGCAGCACUGGAUCCGCCAGAGAGGUUAGGACGAGACUGGUGCCUACUUGCUGUUCAGUUAGGAUGUGCGGACAUUUUGCCCAGAAUAGAUUGCACAGGAUCAAAGGAAGAUGAGCGCCCUUUUAUGAAACAAACGUCCCCGCACGAACUUUCGGAUCAGGAUUUACGAGUUGGCAGUGCAAACAAUUCACCGAUUGCAAAUGUGUUGCAUCAUUGGUCGCGGGUAUCUCAGAGCAGUAUUGGAGCACUUGCCACGGCUCUGCUUGAGCUGGGCCGUGAAGAUGGCGCUGCCAUUGUUUUGGGUACCUCCCCACUGUUGCAGAUUGUCCCUCCGGCUACGGAUGGGGCUCCCGGUCCACCAACAGCGUCGCUGGCUAACUCCAAACUAAUACCCGAAAGCCAUCCACAGAACAGUGGAUUGGCUUUUAGCCAAGGGGGCCAAUCGCCGCGUCGAUCGCACCACGCUUCCGCUGCACUGUCAAGCGCGUCUAGCACAAACAUGUCACGAUGACUAAAAAGAAGCCAAUUUUAACAUUGUUUAUUAACCAGCUAGCGUUCUAAGAAAAGGCCAUAUGAAAGCUCCCCAUGUCCCGGACAAUUCUUCAACAAUUCUUAUGGUUAGUACACUUAUGAUAACAAUACCGCGUUCGGUGCUCGAUGAGGAAGCUGAGGACUGUACUAAUCAGGAACACGUGUAUAUAUAUAUAUAUAUAUUUAGUAGCAACGAUUGAAUCAGUACGUUGGCAAAACUCGGACGGAAAACGGCAGUCAAGAUAGUAGGACCAGAUAAGACGUUUGGGCGCAGACUACGUCAUUGAAGUAUUUUCAAUAAUUUAUAACAAUCGUGGCUUUAUUGGACAUUUAAUGGCGCGAACUAACUUUCCACGUUGCGAGGACGACGCCGUCGCCGUCGCCGCCGACGAUGACUACUAUAACGACUGAUUCCAGGAUUUCGAGAAUUAUAUUAUAUUCCAGAAUCCGAGAAUCAGCUAAAAUGGCUGCCAGUGAGGCGGAACAUUCAAACACAUUGUGCUCGCUAUUCGGCCUAAAGUUGGACGGACGGUUAUUAUAUUUUUCUAUUUGCUUUUAUUUGUGACAGUUUAACGAUAUAUGGUUUUCUAAAUAAAUAUGUAUUAUCCAAUGGUGUUAUAUAUCUAUAAUAAUAACAACCCGAAAACGUUUACGUCGAAGAGUAUUUAAUCAAAUAUUGCGUUAUGCGUAAAUCCAAGCCGAGUGUCUCUAAACUCAGAACUCGUCUCGCAAAUUUGUGGCCAAAAAUAAAAACGGUCCACCUGUCUAAACAAUCAUCUUAACCUACUGCGAGAUAAGCAAACCUUUAUAAAAUCCUAACAGUCAGUAUUUUCAAGGAUGAGAUGAACUUUGUUACAGUCGUUACGUUAGUAGCAGACAAAGUUUAUUUAUUUAGCCUAUUGCCAAUACUGAUUAUUUCUAAUUUAUGUGAAAGAAGUGAAAAUAUUUGAAGCUUUGUUGUACUUAUUUGUAUGCCGUCGGUGUGUACACGUUGGUGAUAUAUAUAUAUAUAUAUAUAUAUAUAUGUAUGUAUAUAUAUAUAUAUA